AUGACUGAAGCUGAUCCUCAAGUAAUGAGGGACCCCCCGGAUUCUGAGCCCCCGAGGAACAAGAGGUCCCGAACCGACCAGGUUGAUAGACCUUCAAGGUCUUCCUCCUCCUCCUCUAGAGGAGGAACCGUUGGCUGGACCUUUUCUCAUUCAAAGCCUGGAUCGCUGGCUGGAGCUAUUAACAGAGCUCAAUUCAAGUUUGAGGACGCUGUACACAAUGCUCCUAGCGCUGAGGAGUUAGCCCAGGUCACUGAGUUGGUCAAGGCCAACAAGACUGAGCUCAACCAGACUCGGGCUCUGAUCUUGGAUCUCCAAGCCGAGGUGAAGAGACUUGGCUCUAAGAAGAUUGGGGAGUUGGAUGCUGCCCGGAAGAUAGCCGAGUAUCAAGUCAAGGAGCUGAUCUCCACAUCCCAGAACAGCCAGAAGAACAAGGAAGCUGAGGUCAGGCUAGCCGUCCGGAGGGGAAAGAAGGAGGUAGCUGAAGCCUACAACAAGAUUCUGGUUAUUGUCAAGGAGAAGUUCUCCAAGAAGAAAGAUGAAGUUGACCUCCUGGUUCAUGCCCAAGAGAUUCAAGCCAACACCGAGCUCCUGAAGGACAUACUGGAUGGUGAGAUUAAGAGUACUCAAGAUGAGUAUGAUAACUUGGUGGCGCUAAUGCCGGAAGCUGUUGCGGCGUACGAGAAGGCUCAGGUUUCGGACUUCUCGAUUGGCAAGCUCCCUCUUCCCCAACUCUCUGAGAGUUCAGCCCCAGUCGAAACCGCCUCUGGAGGUAACGACAAGGAGAUGGAGGAGGUUCCUGAGGAGGAAGAUCCAGCUGGCAAGGGAGCUGAGAAGAGCUCGGAUGACAAGGAAGUUUAAGAACUGAUGCUCUUUCGUGUUUUCUAGGAUUUCUGCCCGAUGGGCUUUGUUUUCAUCUGUUUCUCAAACUUAUAGCCUGAGGAGGCUUUUAAACCUUUAUCUGUUGCAUUUUGAAUAUUUGGUUAGCCUGGGGAGGCUUUUAAACCCUUGUUUAAUUUCGAACUCGGUUU